AUCACCAACUUGUCUUCUGUCAUCAGGUGAUUGGGAUUGGGAGUAAAAAUCCUGAAAAGGGAUUAAAUAUAAAACGCAAAUAUUUUUCUAAAUCAAUAUGUCUGGAAAAGAUAGACUAGCGAUUUUCCCGUCUCGGGGGGCUCAAAUGUUAAUGAAAGCCCGUCUCGCAGGAGCACAGAAAGGCCACGGUCUUCUGAAAAAGAAAGCGGAUGCUCUACAAGUUAGGUUCCGUAUGAUCCUGAGCAAAAUUAUUGAGACUAAAACCCUUAUGGGUGAAGUAAUGAAAGAGGCUGCAUUUUCUUUAGCAGAGGCCAAGUUCACCACAGGUGAUUUCAACCAAGUGGUAUUGCAAAAUGUCACUAAGGCUCAAAUAAAAAUCCGAUCCAAGAAGGAUAACGUUGCUGGUGUUACACUCCCAAUUUUCGAGUCAUACCAAGACGGUUCUGAUACAUACGAGUUGGCCGGUCUUGCUAGAGGAGGUCAACAACUCUCCAAGCUUAAGAAGAACUUCCAAAGCGCAGUGAAACUGCUCGUCGAACUAGCUUCCCUGCAGACCUCCUUCGUCACUCUGGAUGAGGUCAUCAAGGUCACUAACAGACGUGUUAACGCUAUUGAGCAUGUGAUCAUCCCACGGCUGGAGCGUACUCUCGCGUACAUCAUCUCAGAGUUGGACGAGUUGGAGCGUGAGGAGUUCUACCGGCUGAAGAAGAUUCAGGACAAGAAGAAAAUUAUCAAGGAUAAGGCGGAAGCGAGAAAAGCGAAAUUGCUCGCAAUAAGCAACGACGUCCGCGACAACGUUGCAAACUUACUCGACGAAGGAGACGAAGACUUGCUCUUCUAAAUUCCGUUUAGAGACCUUCUAUUCUACAGACCUAAUCCUCGUAGUGUUUGCAGUCAACUUGGAGCCAAUUUUCGAUAUAUUUUAUUUUUCCGUGCAUUAUUUUGUACUGACAUAUUAAAGUGUUGUGCAUUUUUUUUUUUACUUUAAUCAAUUACCAGUCUCGCACAUAAUUUAUAUUGCUUUACAGUAUUAUUGUUUAUAGUAAUUCUUGAUUAUAUUCUUAUUUUAUAUUAAUAAGAGAAAUUUUAUUAAACUUUUUAAUACGUUUUAAGCAAUCGUAAAAAAUAUGGUUAUUAUGUAGGCUUUCCACUUUGACUGCGUAAAGAAAUUAAAAUGAUAUUACAGUGUUCAUAGCUCUGUACAUAUAUUGUUGUUAUUUGCUUGAAAUUAUAACUUAUCACCUCGUGUUACGGUUUAAAAUCCGAUAGUACGUAACAUUGGCUAACGUGCAUAAAUGUAGGUUCUUGUAUGUAAGCAUUCCAGCAAUUUUCUUUAGUUUAUUUACUUGAGAUUUUAUUUGUCAAACUACAAAAAAAAAAAGAUAAUGUUCACUAAUUAUCUAUAGCCAUAUUUUAUCUGUCUAUGAAUAUUUAUUGUCUGUAACAUCUGUAGUUUAAAAUAAAACCUUAAGAUCGGUAUUAGAUCGUUUAAGCUUCAAUGUAAUGCUUAUAAGUAUAUACCUAAAUCUGUUUUAAGUACACCCGAAAUAUUUAUGGUUUUUGAAUUGUUGUUUGAUAAUAGAUCAAUAUAUUUUAAGUAAUUAUGUAAAUACAAAGUUGGUGAAAUAUUAAAUAUGAUUAUUGACGAAA